AUGGCGGGGCCCGGGGCGGCGGCGGGGCCCGGGGGCCUGCGGGAGGAGCGGCGCUACGGCUUGGCCUGCGGCCCGCCCGGCCAGGACAACAUCACCGUGCUGCACGUAAAGCUCACCGAGACCGCCUUCCGCGCCCUGGAGACUUAUCAGAGCCGCAAGAACUCGACUCCUUCCAGACCCUCUAUUCAAUUUCAAGGACUUCAAGGGCUCGUCAAAAUUCCUAAAAGUGAUCCCCCAAAUGAAGUGCAUAACUUUAACUUCUACUUGUCGAAUGUUGGUAAAGAUAACCCUCAGGGAAGCUUUGACUGCAUCCAACAAACGGUCUCCAGUUCUGGAGCCUCACAACUCAAUUGCCUGGGAUUUAUUCAAGAUAAAAUUACAGUAUGUGCAACGAGUGAUUCCUAUCAGAUGACGAGAGAACGGAUGACCCAGGCGGAAGAGGAAUCUCGCAACCGGAGUACAAAGGUCAUAAAACCUGGUGGACCAUUUGUAGGUAAGAGAGUCCAGAUUCGGAAAGCACCUCAAGCUGUUCCGGACACAGCACCGGAGAGGAAAAGGUCAACUCCCAUCAACCCCGCAAAUACGAUACGAAAGACCCACGUAAGCAACAGUGUUUCCCAGCGGCCAUACAGGGACAGAGUGAUUCACUUACUGGCGCUGAAGACCUACAAGAAACCAGAGAUACUGGCCCGUUUACAGAAAGAUGGGGUUAAUCAAAAAGACAAGAACUCUCUUGGAGCCAUCCUGCAACAGGUAGCCAACCUGAAUCCCAAGGACCUCUCAUAUACUUUGAAGGAUUAUGUAUUUAAAGAGCUCCAGAAAGACUGGCCUGGCUACAAUGAGAUAGACCGGCAGUCAUUAGAGCUCAUUCUUUCUAGAAAAUUAAAUCCAUCUCAACAUGCCACCAGCACCAGUCGUUCAGAAUCUCCUCUUCGUGCUAGUAAAGAGGCUGCGUCGUCUUCUCCAUCUCAGAAGCGACCCCUGGACUCGGAUUUCAUCGACCCCCUGGCCAAUAAAAAAACCCGGAUAUCUCACCUCACCAACAGAGUUCAGCCGACCCUAAAUGGUCACCCAAAUGCCACCAGUGAGAAAACUGCCGCGGCCCCCCCUCCCCCACCACCUCCUGCAGCUGCCGCCACCCCAACCCCCCCGCCCCUUCCCUCGACCCACCUGCCGGUUUCAAAUCCUCAGACUGCAAAUUCUAACUCCAAUUCCCCCAGCACCCCAGAAGGCCGGGGGACUCAAGACCUGCCUGUCGACAGUUUCAGUCAAAACGGCAGCAUCUACGGGGACCAGCAAGACAAAUAUACCUCUAGGACUUCUCUGGAAAUCCCAGCACCUGCUUCGAUCCAUUUGGAGUGUUCAAAGCCUGGGGGUGACAAACAUUCGGCGUCCCACAAAAAAUCCAAAAAGAAGUCUAAGAAACAUAAGGAAAAGGACCAAAUUAAAAAACAUGACACGGACAGUGUUGAAGAAAAGGAGAGAGAAGUUAAGAAAAAAGAUGACGUUGCCAAGCUAAACAGCUCCGGCCUGGAUUUGAACGAAGGGGUGCAGGUUUGCAGUGCUUCUACCGAUCCUUCGUCCACAAUCGAACUACCGGAUUACUUGAUGAAAUAUAUCGCUAUAGUCUCAUACGAGCAACGCCAGACUUACAAAAAUGACUUCAAUGCAGAGUACGAUGAAUACAGAAAGUUGCAUGCCAGAAUGGAGACCGUUGCUAGAAGAUUUAUUAAACUCGAUGCCCAGCGUAAGCGCCUUUCUCCUGGUACAAAAGAGUAUCAGAUAGUUCACGAAGAAGUCCUCCAAGAAUACCGGAAGAUCAAGCAGUCAAGUCCCAAUUAUCAUGAAGAAAAAUACAGAUGUGAAUAUCUUCAUAACAAGCUGGCUCACAUUAAAAGACUAAUAGGUGAAUUUGACCAACAGCAAUCGGAGUCUUGGCACUAGAAUUCUGUUUGGACCAGAGGAUGUGAAUACACUUAAGCUUAUUUAUUUAAAAUUCCAAAUGAGUUGCUCUAAGAUUCUCAAAAGAUGAAACUUUUAUCAGUUGAAAGUUUCAGUGUUAGCAGACUCGAGUUACAAGUUUUUUAUUUUUUAUUUUAUUUUUUGUUUUUAUUUUUGCUUCCCUGCGUAUUUGAAGCUGCUUUUUCCGGUCCCUUCUUUUCUCAAGACUUGUGUUUGUCCAUGGAAAUCAUUUUUUAGACACCGGGGAUCCAGUGUCUAUAUUUCAGAGUCGUGCACAUUUAAAAAAAAAUGUAGCAAGUUGAAAUGCUUUUGGAUAAAUAUAAGCCUGUUUUCUGAUCUUUCUUAAUGCAAACUCUUUGCCUUAAAUGGUAGAAGGUUUAGAAAUUUGCACAAAAUACAAAAAAAAAAACCACGUUACAUUGUUUGGAGGGUUAAUAAGUAAAAAAGGGUAUGUAUAUAUGUGUGAUAUACAGCCGGAUUUGAUCUAGAACAGUAAUUUAUCCCUGCAAGUUAAACCCCCAUUGCAAUGGUUGCCUUAAGGUGUUUGCUUGUUGUAUCCAUAGUGUAGUUAACGAUUAGCUACACUGCUUCCCACUCUCUCCAAGCAGCGGGAAGCCCACUGGCCUACCAGCGUCUGAAACAGUGUGCUUGGACGACUGAAUGUGUGCAGAGGUUGUGUGGAUGUGAGCAUGCAUGACGACAAAAGCUGCUACUCUUCGUAGGCCAAACGCUCAGGUUAAAACAACUGACGAGUGUUACUGUAGGUUUUUUUCCUAGAAAAUUGCUACUUCUCUUGUGGAAGACAAAAGCAUUUCCAUUUCAACAGUUUGUCAGCUUUAUUAAUGUUGGGGAAAAAAUCGAUACUUUACGGAAAUUAAACAGAUCUAUAGUUUUGGGGCAAAAUUAUAAAAUUGAACAUGUAGGUGACCUAUUUAUAUACUGCUAUAAAGUAUUUUUUUGAAGAGAGAUAUGCAAAGAAGCUAUUACCUACAUGAAAUGUAUAUUUAAAGAUUUUUUUUUCCUCCUGGGUGCCAGGAAUAUAAAAAAAGAACAGAUGUAUUUAACUUUAAAAUACUGUGAUCAUCAACAGCACAAACUUUCAUUUCAUGCAGUUUAUCUGUUUACUUUGAUUUAAACUAUCACUCGUUUUAUCACGUGGGAACAUAAGUUAUUUGGUCAAAAAUGUUAAGAUUUUGAACUAAUAUUGACUUAAAUUGUGUUGUCUUACCGUAUUGUCUUUUCAAAGUGCUGCCAAUUGAAAAGGGAAGCAUUAUGUUUACAAAUCUGAUUUUUGGAAUGUUUGCCAAAAUUUUGGUAGUAUCUUUAAUAAACGUUGUCUCCAGCAUCAAAA